AUGGGAAGGGAAGACUUAUCCACGUGGAGGGAGAUGUUUAUGAAGGAGAUUGGAAGGAUGACAAUGUGCAUGGCUAUUUAACUACGUCAAGUGGUGGAUAUUAUGUAGGAUAAUGGAUUAAUGACAAAUAGAAUGGUUAAGGCAAAGAACUAUGGCAAGAUGGAGCAAAUUUUUAGGGAAAUUAUGUUGAUGGAAUAAAAUUCGGUUAAGGGAUAUACACAGUUGCAUAUGGUUCUUAAUAUGUGGGAGAGUUUGCAGAUAAUCGCUUUUGCGAAUAUGGAACAUAAAAUGCUCAGGUGGGACUAGAUAUGCAGGGUAAUGGAAGUAAAAUAAAUAAGCGGAUAUGGGGUAAAAAUAUUUAAAUUUACUCCAAGGAAUUUUAUUAGAAUGAUGAAUCUAAAUAAGUUGGAGAAUUCUUUAAUGAUUUAAGAGAUGGAUAUGGCACUUUCUAUUACGGCCAUGGAAGAGGUAACGGAAAAAUGGAAAAUGAUAUGGAAAUGGAACUUAUAUUGGAAAAAAAAUAUUGAAAAAUAGAGCAAAUGGUAAAAUGGAGUAUUUGAUAUUUGGGAGAAAUAAUAUACAAACUCAACUGCUGGGGAUAAUUCUUUAUUUCAUUGA